GCCGUCACCUGAGGCCUAACCAAAGGCUCUGGGAGAACGUCCCUACGGUGUGCAGACCGUGGCAGACUACAGCUAAAGGCCAAACCCUUCCAGGCUAUUCACGUACCUGGAGAAACAGAUUCCCCUUGCGGAGGGAAACGCAGAGGCCAAAUCAGUUCUUGCUUUUACUUCUCAGCCACACAACGUGUUCCUACGGCCACUGGCCAAAAUGGCGGUGCCCAGCCACCGCCUCACGCAUGCCACAGGGAGGUAGUGCGCGUGCGCGACAGGGCGCGCUGGGCGGAGCCCUGAAGGGAGGUAAGGCGAGACGGCGGAGAGUGACGUCAUUGUGCUGCGACCCCAAUUGACGUUGUUGGGUAAGCAAGGCGUGCCUGGGAAGCUGAGUGGGAGUGGCGCGGAACUGCAGCGGUUCCUGAAAACCUGAGUGGCGGCAAGCCGGGUCUGCGAGCUAAUAUUUUUAAAAUGACCACACCAAACAAGACACCUCCCGGUGCUGACCCUAAGCAGUUGGAAAGGACUGGAACAGUACGGGAAAUUGGGUCACAAGCUGUUUGGUCACUCUCAUCUUGCAAACCAGGAUUUGGAGUGGAUCAAUUACGAGAUGACAAUCUAGAAACUUAUUGGCAGUCAGAUGGCUCCCAGCCUCAUUUAGUGAACAUCCAAUUCAGAAGAAAAACAACAGUGAAGACAUUAUGUAUUUAUGCGGACUACAAAUCUGAUGAAAGCUAUACUCCAAGCAAGAUCUCAGUCAGAGUAGGAAAUAAUUUUCACAAUCUUCAAGAAAUUCGGCAACUUGAAUUGGUGGAACCAAGUGGCUGGAUUCACGUUCCUUUAACUGAUAAUCAUAAGAAGCCAACUCGCACAUUCAUGAUACAGAUUGCUGUUCUAGCCAAUCAUCAGAAUGGAAGAGAUACCCACAUGAGACAAAUUAAAAUAUACACACCUGUGGAAGAGAGCUCCAUUGGUAAAUUUCCUAGAUGUACAACUAUUGAUUUCAUGAUGUAUCGCUCCAUAAGGUGACCUUGAAAUAGAACAAAAGUCAUUAAACAUAUCUUUAUCUUGUCAGUAAAUAUUAAAUCUGGUAUCUUUAUUGAAAAAUGGAUCAAUUAUUUUGCAAUUUUUUAUGCAUUGAAAAGUAUUUUAUUGUAACUUUAAUAAAUAACUUUUGGGUCAUACUAUGUUUAUUUUCUUUAACAUAUAAUAAAGCUCACAUAUUUUA